AUGACCAUCAAUAAGGCACAAAGUCAAACAUUAAAUGUUGCUGGUUUAGAGUUGAGACCUAUCCGCCCCAUGUUUUUACUUGGGUCUGUUAAAAUGCAAAAAAAUUUGCUGGCCCUAGAAAGUGAGACACUUAACAUGGUGUAUCCAGAAAUAUUUAAUACUUAA